CGAUACCAGACGUCCCAGGCUGCUCCUGGAGUACGAAAGGUGUCUCAUACUUGAUGUUGUUUAUUUUUUUGUUUGUGUUUCAACUAGGACUGGUAUCCCUCACACUCAUACGUGUCAUACAAAGCUGGAGGUCGGCCAAGGGCGAUCUGUACGCCAUCUUUGUGAAGCAUAACUUAUUCUACUAUGCAUGUGGUUUCAUUUUCUCUGUCGUAAAUCUCAUCAUGCCAGUGCUAUUCCCCAAUUCCGCAUACUACAUCGUCCUGGAAGACCUUCAGGUGUGUAUCCUUCGCAUCCUUGCCACGCGCAUGCAUCUCCAUCUCUGGCAUACCCACCAGCACAUGCAUGACUCUGACGCCCUUAUAUGUACUUCUAUGUUCGAUUUGUCACCUACAGACAGUACGGUGUAAUGUCAGGUUGUGUGGCUUAUUCGUCAUUGGAGGAGUAAGGUCUGAAUUACUAGAUGACUGGCGGGUCGGACGCACAACGCAUUUUUGUAACAUACACGAUAAUCAUGAUGAUAAACGAAAUGAUAGAGAA